AUGGGGGAGCAGCAUCAAGUCCAUGUCUGGGAGAACACCUACAUCAUGGCCCCCAAGGAUGACGAGAAGAUGCUGCCGUCGAAAGUCACGGCAGUCAUCAAGAACGUCAUGGAAAGCUACCUGCAGGACAAGGAGUAUGCCGUAGAGGAUGCCAAAGCCUGGACAUUGGAUUUGAGCAACGAGAUCAAGGCCUCAGUCAAGCAAGAUCUGAACAUCCCCCGCUACAAGAUCAUCGUGCAGGUAGUCAUCGGCGAACAAGCCUCGCAGGGUAUUCGCGUGGCUUCGAAGUGCCUGUGGGAUGUGAACUCGGACAACUGGGCGUCAUAUACCUUUGAGAACCAGUCGCUCUUCGCCGUCGGCAUGGUCUUCGGGUGCUACUACGAGUAG